AUGGAGUGUCACUACCCCGUCACUGCAGCAGUAGAAGAGAAGCUACUCCUCGGCACAGACAUACCAGAGCUGGGAAAGCUCAUGAACCAGCACCCUCACAGCCCAAUGCUCUGGUUGUUACCAGAUCCCGAGCUAAAGCCAGCAGACAGGCUGAGGCGGAGGCUCGGGACAAGCAGGAAGGAGCAGUCCCAAGUCCAGUGGAGGAAACCAAUCCGUUCUCCGCCUUGGAUGCUGACUUGUUUCAGGACGUUGCAGUUCGACGGCCCCUCACACGUUGAGAGAAAUGCGAAACACGACACUGCCACGGCAUCAUCAGAGCGAAGGAUCACCCCAGACACAUGCGGCGAGAGGCCGAAGGAGUCGGUUUGA